GGUCGCUAGACUCGGUUGCUCGCGAGCAGCUUUUGGUUUCCUGUCGGCGCGAGCAGGUGUCCAGAUCAACGGGCGGAACGUGACGUCACACCGGGGGUUACCAGCAGCGAGUUUUUGGAGAAAGAGAAGCUGGGAGAAAACUCAGUGUGGAAGGAAAUGCGGAAACGGUCUGGAGAGGAGUUUUCCCAACAAGAGGCUCGCAUGCAGUCUUAUCACACAGGGGCAGAUGUAAUAUGAUGAUUUGAUAGGCGGAAAAAUUCCCGACGCAGAAGCAGAGCUGAUAACAGGGACUCUGACCGCGAUAUCUCAGAAUACAUUGGUGCUACACAAUAACCGAGGAGAAAUUGUGGGAAAUAUGAACAUAUUAAACCUGUGACUGCAAUCUGUUCUUUGCACAGAGACGCGUUAAGAGCCAUGAAGAAGCCUGAAGUGUAGUACGCAUUGAAAGCACAGAAACUUGGACAGAUAACUGCAAGCAUGGAGCUGAAAAGCCGACGCAGAGCCCAAGACGCCUCCCUCAGGCAGCACCAAGCAACUCCUCUGUGAACAAUGGCCAGGUGGAGCUCUUUUGCAUUCAGAUAUGGCUUCGACCUUGGCAGUUACUUCCAUGACCAUCGACCCCUGGGCACAGGUGCAUCCGGCCUGGUGUUGUCUGCCAUUGAUAGGCGAAGUGGGCAAAGAGUGGCAAUUAAGAAGCUGGUACUGCACGACCCCAUGAGUAUUAAACAUGCACUGCGUGAAGUCAAAAUCACAUGCCGGCUCCAGCAUGAGAACAUAGUGAGGGUGUAUGAAGCACUGGGCCCAUGUGGCCAGCCUUUACCCCGCAACCUCGCUCAACUCACAGAGAUCUACAUCGUGCAAGAGCUUAUGGAGACGGACCUGGCCCGGAUAUUGGAGCAGGGCCCGUUGCCAGCGGCCCAUGCCACUUUGCUUUUUUACCAGCUUCUGCGAGGCCUCAAGUUCAUCCACUCAGCCAAUGUGCUGCACCGUGACCUGAAGCCCGCCAAUAUCUUUGUCAACACUGAACAGAUGCUGCUAAAGAUAGGAGACUUUGGACUGGCACGCAUUGUUGACCCACACUACUCACACAAGGGCUACCUCUCAGAGGGGAUGGUGACUAAAUGGUAUCGCUCCCCUCGUCUGCUGCUCUCUCCGAACAACUACACCAAGGCCAUCGACAUGUGGGCCGCGGGCUGCAUCCUGGCUGAGAUGCUAACAGGCCGAAUGCUUUUUGCAGGUGCACAUGAGCUGGAGCAGAUGCAGCUAAUUCUGGACACUGUGCCAGUGCUUAGGCAAGAGGACCGGCAGGAGCUGCUAAGGGUCAUGCCCUCCUACGUCAACCACAGCUGGAAGGUCAGGAGACCGCUGCAAGAAUUGCUUCCUGAGGUGGAGGAUGAAGCCAUAGACUUCCUGGAGCAGAUCAUGACCUUUAACCCAAUGGACCGUCUGACAGCAGAAGCAGCUCUGUCUCACUCAUUCCUCCGGCAAUAUUCCUGUCCACAGGAUGAGCCUGUGUCCCUCCAGCCCUUCCGUAUAGAGGACGAGCUGGAGGACAGUCUUGUUAGUGAACAUGGUCACUGGGACAGUCUUUCGUCAGAUCUGUGCUGGAAGCAGCAGGAGCAGUGUGGCUGCAUACAGAGUGUGUCAGAAAUGGGCGAGACUGAGGAGGAUGAGGUCCAGAAAGAUCCUCGAGCCAAUUCCUCCUCCCUCAUUGAGGAAGCUCUGGUAGACCCUGGUAAGCACUCUCACAGCAGCUCGGCAGAGCGCUUUCUCGAGCAGUCUCACUCGUCUUUGGACAGGCUCUGCGGCCAAUACAUGGAGCUGGACUGUGGGCGCUCCUGUGACUACAAAGUGGGUUCUCCUUCAUAUUUGGAUAAGAUAGCAUGGAGGGAUGGGAAGCCCCAACACUAUUCUGAGCCAAAGCUGAUUCUGGACUUGUCUCAUUGGAAGCGCAACACACUCCCAUCACCAAAAGAGGGGGAUCAUGAGCAGCUUAAUGCUGAGGAGCCUGCUGAUUUGUUCCAGGAGAUUUCACGCUGGGCAGCAAGCACACAACUGGGCCUCCAUUCUCCCAGUUCACCUCAGGAACCUCCAACCUCACCAGGGUCUCCUCCUUUACCCGUUUCUCCUACCCUGCUUCCUCACUCACUCGCAGAAACACAGGCACCUUCUCUGCUGUACACUUCCGAAUUUCUUCAGCAUGGCAGGAGAAGUCCAGCUUCUUUCUUUUCCUCUCCUCCCCCUCUGUUUCCUUCCUCUCCCUCUUCACCUACUCAAGGUUCAUUAACCCCUUUUCAAAACAACGAAGUCUCGCCAACAGCUAGCGGAGAGGAACAUCCUCACUUUGACCUGGAUAUGUUCAUCUCACAAGUAAAAUGUGAGAACAAGGUUACUUCUAAGCAAAGUAGCAUUAGCUGUACCUCUAGGAUCUCAGAGCACAAACCUUCCAGGACUCAAACUUCAACAGCAGAUGUGGUCAAAUCUCAAAGCUUUCACAAAGAACAAUGGUAGAAAGAGUGAUGGUAGAUAGAUCUACCUAGAACUGGGGGACAGAACGUAGUGCUGCUCUUGCAAGAUUGCGUAGUUUUUGUUUUUUUAAUGUUUGACAUAUAAUAAUGUACAAAACAUUGUGUGUCUGUUUGUGUUUCUAAUAGCUCCUAAAAUGCAGCCAGAACUUGAAAAUCAUCUCCCUUGCUGCUCUACCUAGGACACAAAUCAGUGCAAGGGCAUACUGCAGAGUCCUCAAACAGAUGUUAGAGAACUCUAAUGUCAUGCCUAAAAUCUACAAGCUUAUUUAAAAACCCACAUCCAAGAGUGUGUCAUUAUUUUAAAAAAUACCUGAAUGAAAGAACUGAACAAGAAUGCUAAUGUUUGCGCACAUUUUGGAGCCAAUUAUGCAGAAAUCCAUAGAAUUCCAAAGUACACAAACUUUUCUGUACAACAGAAAUUUUGCUGAAUGUAGUUUUACAGUUCUUCCAACAUUACUUAAAUGCAUCUAAAUUGCAGAAGAAAUGAAAGUUUUUAAAAAAACAAAACAAAAAAACAAUUCAUACAUUCUGCAUAUGAGCUGCUUUUUACACCACUGUAAUCUCCGCCUUUGCAAUAGUAGACAGCAGUGGUUUGCUUGAUUACUGUUUCCAAAGCUUUCAACCUUAAUAA